AUGGAAAACAUAAGAAGACAGAAGAAGAAGAAAAACACGAUGAUUAACCUGCUGAAACGCUACAAACAACAAGAAAAAGAAGAUAAUGAGGAUUACGAACAUAACAUUCCUUACAUUUAUGAACAUAUUUUGCUCCAAAUAUUUGCAAAAAUUCCACAAGAAGAUCUUCAGGAGUUAAGGUACACGUGCAAGUUUUGGAACAAGACAAUUUCCAACAACAAAUUCAUGGCCCAGAAUUUCCUCCAAUCUAAAUCCUCACUUCUGAUACAAUUCCGCAAAAAAUUUGCAGUUACUUUCAAGUCAAAAUUGUUGGAGUUAGAUCAUGAAGGGCUAGGAUUUAAGCUAGACCACUUUGCCAAUAUGACUCGGAUGGGGCAAUUCAGGUCUACUUGUAAUGGUUUGAUUUUGAUAAAUAGCAUAUUGAGGAUAAACAGAUCAAGAGCAAUAUAUAGAUUUCUUGUAGUGAAUAUGGUCACCAAGUGCCAAAUUACUAUCCCAAACUGCCCAUCUGGUUGUAGACACCAAUUUUGUAGUUUGUCACUAGUGUUCACUCCUCAUGAUCAAAAGCAUUACAAAGUUGUGCACAUUUCCUCGAAUCGAUUCGGGUUCGAGAUUUUGACCUUAGGUUGUGCUGGAAACCAAUGGAAGGUAAUUCCCGGGCCAUUUCAAGAUGAGGCAUAUGACCGAUCUUGGGAUAAUCCUGUGUCAAUCGGGCAGUUCCUGCACUGGGAUGUUGAAUCUGACUUUUACAUCUUAUCAAUGGAUGUUUACAAUGAAACGACGUGGAAGACUUACCUACCUCAUUAUUAUGUGUCGUUUCGCAUAGACAGAAUGUCGUUGAUCGAGAUGGGGGGCCAUCUUUGUUUCAUGUACAGUUACACCACCACUCAGUUUGAUGUUUGGGUUCUGAAGGAUGCUCGCGGCCAAAAUUGGCAGAGGAGUUUUAGUAUUUUUGCCGAGUCGAUCAAUUACUUGCUGCCACGCGGCGCGAGCCCGAUCGGGGAGUGGGAAAAUGCCUUACCAGAUUUUCAAAACCUUGUUACCCUUUGCAGCUUGAGAAAUGGUGAAGUCAUAGUUUUCAGGAAUUUGAAUUCUCGUUGGUUGUACCUAUACGACACCAAGAUCAAGGAGUUGAGAAAAUUAAGUGAGCUGUCGUCAUACAAGGAUUAUGAUGUAUUGCCGUACAAGAGCAGCCUUAUCUAUUGGCAAAAUGCUGAAGAGCUAUUGUCUCGAGAAACUAUCUAG